AUGAAACUGCCAAAAAUUUCCAUUUGGAAAGUGCUGCUACUGCUCAAUUUCUUCGUUCUACAAGACUUUCAGUUUGCCUCCGCUGCGAACCUGCCUUCUCUAUCAACUAGUACAAAAGCGAAUGAUAGUUCUAGUAAGACCACUUCUACAACAAAGGCAACGAAAUCGUCUAGCCGAAACUCAGUCACCAGCCAACAUGUUACCUCAAGUAACAGUACUACCUCUAAAACCAACAUGCCUAAAAUCACUGCAAGUGCAAGUUCGAGUUUAUAUUCAAACUCUAGCAUAGCCAGCAAUCAGAGCGGAAUUUCAAUUUCGUCUAUCACACCUUCUAGUGUUUAUAUCCCAAUCACAGAUGGAAACGGAUUCAUCUAUCAGGCGCGUCAUCCUGACGGCACUGUAUUUAUUGCAUUUGCAAGCUGUCUAGGUGCUAUUCUAUUGUCGCUAACAGCUGUUUGGAUUGUUCUAACUGUAAAGUCAUGGCGAAGUGCUAGAAGGGAAAACAAGUUGAGGAAUUUGGAAAGCCAAUACCAAUACGACCCCUUCUAUUUCCAAUCGAACUCUAAUGAUGACGACAGCGAAACCUCUUCUCAUUCUGGUGAGAGUGAUAUAUCGGAAAAGAUUCUAAAGGACAAGUCGUCUCGUAUGAGUCUAUAUACCCUAGGAUCCUCAUCUGUUCUGAACCUAUUGAACAAUACUACGGACACCAAUGAAAACUUUAGGUCUUCUAUGUUUAUCUCUCCAACUGAGAUUCUGCAGCGCGAUGCCAAUAAUUCUAACACAUGGUCUCAGCAAAGCAAUGGUAGUGAGAUGUUUGAGUCCUUAUCUAGCACUCCUAAGGAACGUACUGCUGCCCAGAUAGUUGGUAAGUUUUCAGAUAAUAAUACUACUAAUCCAUUCAACUACACAUCAUAUAAUUUAGGCCCUGAUUCUGGAGACAACUCUACGCCGAAGUCCAACGUUAGUCAAGGAAAAACCAAAAAAUACCGUCCUCCGAGUGUUCAUCUGGACCAAUUACUGGAUGGUAAGGAUUAG